GGUCUAACGCUUUCCUUAAAAUAACAUUUCCUAAAAAAAUUAAACGAGCAUGUUAUGGAAACUCUCUCUUGAGAGACAGAGAAAACCCUAUAAAUCCACCAAAAGACUUCUCUCCUUAAUUGAACUUUCAUCUUCUUCUUUUGUUUUCUUCGUGGCGAUUUCUCUUCUCUACCCUCUAGAGUUUCAGGUUUUCAGUUGGGUACUUCAGAACAGCAGAUACUUUGUUUCUAGAUAAUUGGCAACAAAGAUGGAUGAUUGGGAGGCUGAGGAUUUUCAACCACUUCCUGCAAAAUUUGUACUCAAGAGUAACUGGGAUGACGAGGAUGUGGAUGAGAAUGAUAUCAAGGACUCCUGGGAGGUGGAUGAUGAGCCUGUUCCUCAUGCACCUGUAGUAAAGCCUGCUACUGAGAAGGCUCCAAAGAAAGCAGCAGCAGCAAAGGGUGUGGAGAAGAAGGCUAAAACUGUUGAAGCUUCAAAGGAAGAACCUUUAGAUCCUUUUGCUGAGAAACUUCGCAUACAGAGGCUAGUGGAGGAAGCUGAUUACCAGGCAACUGCUGAACUCUUUGGAGCAAAGACUGAAAAAUUGCAUUUUGGAAGUUGCAGUUACUUAGGAGAAUGUGACUCAGAAGAGAUUUAAAUCAUCGGCGGUUUUUUAAUACAUACAUCUAUUAAACUAACAGUUUAGUAAAACUAAAAAACUCAUCUUUUCUCAGUUUUCUUUGCUUGGUUUGUUUUGAAAUUAUGUAUUAAUAUUUUUUUUUCCGGCAAACAUUUUUACUUUAUUUAAAUUACACGUAUGUUACAGCGAUUUGUAUUAUCGAGUUUAAUUUCAAACUAACAUGAAGAAUUCACA